CGCUCCUCAGGCUCGCUCACUGCUUGCCUGCAUCGCGUUCUUCACAUUCUAUGUGACUAUGUGUGUAGUAUUUUCUAGAAGAACCGAGAUUGUAUUUAUAACCUUACAAUAAACUAGUUCAAAUUAAGUUAUUAGUACAUCUUGAGCUGCAUUUCUAAUAUGUCUAACGUAUUCGGGUUAAUAGUUUCGGGGCGGUUGGUGCAGACGGACUUCACGCCGCUGACGGAGACGCAGUUCCUGGUAACGAUCCCGGAGGCAGACAACAUCAACCACGCCGUGGUGUUCCUGACGGGCGCCGUGCCCUUGCCGGCCGGCACCGCGGGCAUGGUCUACUGGUCGUGGCCCGACCCCGCCGCGCCUCCCAACUGGCAGCUGCUCGGGCAUAUCUCUAAUGCAAAACCGUCUGCCAUAUUUAAGAUAUCGAACUUAAAGAAGCUCCAUGAGUUGUCUGAAGAAAAUAAGUUCAUGAGCACAUUUGGUCAACAACAGAUUUGUCACAAUGCACAAAUUGGAAUUUCAAUAGAGCCAGAGAAUAAUGUUCAACUUCUAGCGUCGUCUGUCGCACAGCAAGCAGAGGACUAUGUGACAUUUGCACAGAAGAUGUUAGAUAACUUGGUGAACUUCGUCGCAUCCUUUACAGUGACACAGGAACAGAUGACCCUGACUCCCGGAGUGCUCUACAUCCCACUGAGCACACUGCAGACAUGGUAUCAAAACUUUGAACGACGGCUGCAACAAAACCCCAACUUCUGGAAGCAUUAGUACUUAAUUCAAUUAAUAUAAUCUUGACUGGACAUUUAGAGGAUGAUUUUUUGCAGUAUAAUAUUUAUGAACCAGUGUUAACCAGAGGUGCUAGCAAAAUAACCAGACGAAAAUAAGUUACAUUAGUUUUAUAGGAUCAUAUUCAUUUUGUGUCAAGUCCUUCUUUCUGGGUAAUAUUGUUUUGUUGCAUCAAGUGGCCACAACUGGAGCGCACGUUGAACUGGUUUCAAAUAUAGCUACAGCAGAAAAUGGGUAUGGAGCAGUUUGCUACAGAUGUAAAUUAUGUUGCUGUAGAUAAGGUUGGAGUGUUAUAAUGUAAUCAUAAGUGCUACAGUAAUGGACUCAUCACUCGUCAUGAUGUAGAUAGCGCCGUGCGCGUGAGACGCCGCGGCGGCCUCGGUCUGUGGAUGUUUCCUGUGGAAACCAUGCUUACUGCCAACUUGUUUAUAUGUACAUGAUGCACUGUCUUUGUGAUAGACUGCUUAGGAUUAAUAUUUUUGCUAAUAAACUGUAUUAUUUAAAUCUUAA